AAUCGUGUUGGCCGCGACAAACUCGCGUGGCCUGCUUCACUUAAAUCUACUUACUGAUAAGACCCGGGUACAAUAGCUGAUUACAUCGAAAAUUUUUGAGUGAUUUUAGAAAAAUAAUGCUUGGUGAAGACUAUCUGUGCGUAUAUAUGUGAUGCGACUAAUUAGUGAUCAGUGUUUUUGUUUCCAUCGUAACCAUGAGGAAAAAGUGUCCUCUACGUCGAAAGAUGUACGAAAGCUCGUGUUCGUAUCAAGGGGCGUUGGAGUUAAAGAGAAGCGCGUCAGCGACAUGUCCUUUGGGUAUUAAAACCGAGGAGUUUUCUACUGCAUCAGAUUGGCCUGCCUACAGGUUUUGUAACCCAAGCACUUUCGAGCAAUUGAAGCAGAGUGUGGAAAAGGCCAAGGCUGCACUUCAGGAUCGAAGUAGUUUUUUCGGGAACGGUAGUGCGUUCAGUGACUUGUAUAAUGUGUCAACGGGAAGAUCUCAAGACAAUAUUACAGAUAGUUCUAGUAGAUUAAGAGACAAUAAUGAAAUUGAUAUUAAAAGGAGUGAUACUUCGUACAAAGGUUCAUGGGGCUCGCACGCUACAUCGCAGUCGCAAGGUUACGGAACGAACAGCCUCACGGGGAUGACAAAAGCGUCAUUAGAUCCUCAUAGUCAUUUACGACAACCAGAUCCAUAUCAAAUGUUUGGACCCACAAGUAGUCGUUUAGCUAGUUCAGGAUCGGGUCAGAUACAAUUGUGGCAGUUUCUCUUAGAAUUACUGAGCGAUUCGUCAAAUGCAGCUUGUAUUACGUGGGAGGGAACCAAUGGAGAAUUUAAAUUAACAGAUCCAGAUGAAGUUGCAAGAAGAUGGGGAGAAAGGAAAUCUAAACCGAAUAUGAACUAUGAUAAAUUAUCCAGAGCGCUCAGAUAUUAUUAUGAUAAGAACAUAAUGACCAAAGUCCAUGGUAAGCGGUAUGCGUACAAAUUUGAUUUUCAAGGCUUAGCUGCUGCUACUCAGCCAGCCACUAGUGAUCCCAGCAGUUAUAAAUACCAAAGUGAACUAUUUAUGAGUUCAUAUCAUCACAGCGCGAAGUUGGGCAGUUUCAUGAGUCCGCACGCUACGAUACCCAGUUCAGCAGCUUCCAUAUUUCCAUCCCCGGGUUCAUAUUGGAGUAAUCCAAGUGCAAAUUUAUACUCGAACAUAGCAGCUAGCACGCAUUCGAUAAGUCAUCAUGCAGGACCACAUCUAGGAGCGCCUCCUCUAGGCUCAUAUCCGCAUUACGCAUGACCUGCUUCGAGCUCUUCGUCAGGAUCAGACUGGACAAAGAAACUGACUAUGUAGGAUGGAAAAAUGCCUGAUAUAAGUUACUUUGACAACAUUUAGAAUCAAAUCGAAUUUACGAAAUUUAAGCAUAUAUGAAUCAAGUUUUUUUUUAACUACAUUGAGGUUUUUCGUUACAAGCAAUAAGUUGUAUUAGAUGUUUAGAUUCAUCGUUCAUUCAAAUAAACUCCAAGGGAAUGAGAUACUUUCAAUGUGAGAUGGAUUCAUUGGAGUUAAAUGGACUUUUAGCAAAGCUCGUUUUGAUAUUUUUUUUUGUUGUUGGCAUGUUGAUUUGAAAUUUUGGGGGUCAAUAAACAAUUCUUAUAAUUUAUAUCUUAUUCGAUCCAUUGGCAUUGGAAUAAUCUAUUGAUCAGAAUGUCUAUAUUGAGAUACAGACCAGGGUAGAAGCCUUAAAAAAAAUAAAAAGUGGAAAAAACAAUAGUAUGAUGAAACCUAUUAAGAAAUGAGAAGAAUAUGAAAAAAUAGAAGAAAAAAUAAUUAACAGGCGAUCUGAGGUCGGGAAGGAAAAGGAGGUGAGUUUUUAAGAAUAAAAAACGGUUUAUAUAAAACAAUAUUACCAUGGCCAUGGUAAACUUUCCCAGAAAUGGCAAAAAAUAAAAGGAGAAAAUUCGCAUCCAAUUUUUUUUUAAUCAUUAUGCACAAUUUUUAGAUAUUUAUCAAAUUUUUAGACUAUUGUUUAUCUAUGUAACAUGGAAUCUAACAUUUUUCGUGUAAUUAGAGUAGAAAAAUUAAAAAAAUAACUAAAAAUUGUACGUAAAAACUAAAAAAAAUUCGGAUGUGGAUUUUUUUCGUCUUACCUUUUGCUUUUUCUGAGAAAAUUUACCAUGAUGAUGGUAAUAUUUCUUACACCAUUUCAACAUUUCAACGAACAAAAAUCUUACCGACUUUUUAAAGAGACAAGAGAAUUUUCGAUUGAAAAUUAAGGUGUUUUUUCGAUAUUAAGCUUAAAAAUAAAUAUUUCGUAUCAAAUGAAUUACACUAUAUAUGGAACAUAAAAAGGUAACUUUUCACAAAAUUUCGUGAAAAAGAUAAAAAUAAAAAACUCGGUUUUUUGAAUUUUUCACAUAAAUUUGGAGGUUAAGUAAAAAAAGUGUUGAUACAAAAAUUGUAGAUCUACUUAUUACCUACAAUUUUAUCUUGUGACUUUUUUCCAUGGGACUUGUAGAUUUGCCAGAAAUCAAGAUAAACCGUUUUUUACCAUUAAAAACUUACCCCCUUUCCCUUCCCGACCUCAGUUCGAUCAUAAAUUAUUUUUCCUUCUAUUUUUAUCGUAUUCUCCUCCUUUUGCAUCGUGUUUCAUACUACUAUUGUUUUUUUUUGGUUUCAAAAAUUAUCGAACCUGGUCUAGUAACAUAUGUACUGGUACCAGUAUGUUUGGAGUAGGCAUAUUUUUAAUAGCAAAGUAACUGUAUUUAUUGAUAUAGUAAUUUUAAUUAAUUGUGAUCUAACCAAAAUUAAUCAGGAGAAAGUUCUACAAACAUUAAUGGACAAAAAAUAUUCGCUUGUCUAACAUUUCAGUUUUGAUCACACGUGUGAUUGAGGUAGAGAUGAAAAAUUAGUUUGGAAACCUUCAAGAAUUACGAGAAUAUAAUUCUAUUUCGUAUCUAUGUCAAAUGAAAAAUUCUUUUUGUAACUAUUCACUUAUUUUAGAAUUUACAGUUUCUUGAAUGUUUCUUAAUUUCAUUGACAAUUUGCAAAGCUCAGUACCACGUGAUAUUUAGAGAGCAUAAUAUAGAAGGAAUUGCUCAGUAACAGUUUUCUAUAAUAAAAAAGAUAUCUCUUCAAUUUAGUUACUAAAUUCGAGACAGAAAUCUGAAAUUCUCAUUUAUAUAAUCUUACGACUUCUUCGAUUUGAAGUUGGUCAAAUUAAAUAGCAAUGAUACUAAUGACGAUAAACACAAAGAGGACAGUAAUAAGCACACACAUUUCAGUAGCCAACCGCCUAUUGGAGGGAAGGACUAUCCUGCUUAAUGCACACUGGAUAAAAUUUUUUUUGUGAAUAUCAUGAACAUACACGUUGCCAAAGAAAUUUUUUUGGUUAUUCUUAAAUUUUCUAAUUUUAUUCUUGUUCAAUUUAAUAUCUUUUUUCCAGUCUAUAUCAUGUAAAUUCUGAAUUAUUUUUCGAAAGAUCCCUUAAAUAGAUACGAAUAAGAUACAUAAAAAGUUUUCUAGCUAUAUUCAUAUUCUUUUCGUAAAAAAAUUGUUCCAAUUCAAUUAGAAAGUUUAGUAUACUCAUAUAAUGAGCCAGCGUAUAUAUGAAUUGCAUUGAAACGAGCACUUUCAUAAAUAUAGAUUCGAUCUUACAAACUCGAAAAACUUGGAAAUAUAAGGCGAAAAUGCAAAAUAAUAAGUGUACAUCAAAUAAUGAUAGGUAUAAUAAAUAUAAGCCCAUUAGAACUUCUUUCAGUUUAUAAAAAAAAGCUUCAUUUAACUUCAUAAUCCAUUAUAUCAAAGGUGACAUUUCAAAAAUUUAGAACAAGUAAUGUUGAUUAUAACUCUAUGUAACUAAUUUGAGCAUAUUAGAACAUAGCUCUAAAAGUAUCCGAUUCUAGUCAUAUUUUCAUUAAAAGGAAUUUAGAAUAUGUAUAGUUUAAAAGUUGUAGUUGUAAAAGCAGUGCAAUGUUUUAAAUGUAAAUAGAUUUUAGUAAAAGUGUGUAAAAAGGCAAACAACCGUAUAAUCGGUAGUCUGUGAUAACAUUUUAACUACGUAUUAUAAAUUUGCAAUAUAUAGAUGUAUUUUUGAUCGUAUUAGUUGAUAAGCAUUCCGUUAAUCCUUUUUCCAAAAGAUUUUCUUGAAUAUUAUUUGUUUACCUCGAGGGUUGAUAAAAAAGGUUACUAGUCGAAUAAUAGUGAUUUAUGCAACAAGUAAGUAAAGUAAUACUUUUUUCACGAAUAGGAGAGCAAUUACUACGAGUGAAAAAAAUUACUUUACUAACAAUAAUUUUCUACGUCCGUAGGCUUAAAAAAUUCGACAAAACUUUUAUCAAUUUUUAUUGUGUAUAAGUAAUAUUAGAAAUACAACUAUGAGCAUUAUUAAUUCGAAGUGAAGAAGAAGUUACAUUACUAUUGGUACUUGAAUUGGCAACGAGUUAAAAGAAACAACAUCGUCUACAGUUGUAUUAGUACUAGUAUUUACAAUGUUGUUUCCGUUAAAAUUCUCACUGCGGAAUCCUUUUUGUUUUUUAUUCAUAACCCUCCGCAACUGUGUUGGAUUUCCACCCACCUUGCUUCUUUGGUUGAAUUAUAUCACCAUCGGAAUCCACUAAUUUUUUGUGGAUUAAGUAAAUUGAAAUAUGUUGCGAUAAGAGAGGGUAUUUUUGAAAAGAUAUUGAUACCUACAGGUUGGGUAUUGCAUUUUCCAAUUCUAUACGGAAAUAAGAAAUGAUCUGCUCUGACAUUUGUGGGUCAUUGGUUUUUAUAUUUUUUAUAAAUGUUUACCAAGUUUAAUCUGUUGUCAGAUAUUUCACCAAUAACAGUAAAUCGACGUUGAACAUUGUUGUAUCAGGUACUGUGAUAAUUAAAACAUUUCCGGUGUUAUUAAUACGAUUCCGAUUAUUAAAGCAACCUGGAAGAUGUUACAAAUAAUAUCUAAGCUUACAUUAAAAUUUUUUGCUGCCAUACCUUAUGCUUGAGAUUAUGAUCGUCUGGAGCUUGUAACAGAAACUUAAAUUCUUCACGGGCAAAUGUUUUAGAUGUUUUGGGUCUAUAGCCAACUGAUUUUCAAAUAUGCAAUGAGUUUCGACCAUUUACUGAUGUCUACGUUGUUAUUUACCAUUAGGGUGCCUUUUAGCUUUGAAUAAGUCGACCAAAGUGUUAAAGCGUACCACAUUUUGGAUUUAGUUUCAAAGUAAGUUAGUAACACUCUUUAUUUAAAACUGUGUACGCCUUUUUUAGUACGCCUGUCCAUAAAAGAAUUAUAUUCCUUUAAAUACUGUUCCCUGGAUUUCUCGGGAAGAAGAUUCAUAGUCGCUGCAGUUGCCGAUUCAACACCAUCUUCUUGUGUGCAGCUUAAACUUUCUUCACUGUUACUCUCCAUCAAUAAUAAUAAUAAUAAUAUUACACUCCUUUUAAUUAGAUACAAAACGGAUUUUCUUGAACGAAUAUCAAGAAAUAAAAGUGUAACAGUUUAUCGGAGAAACGAAGCGUUCACAGUCCACUAUUUUGAUAAAACAAUUUUAUAAUUGCGUUAACGUUUCGGCACUUUUUUUAAUGAAAAAGUGUGAAAAAAUUAACCGCAUUCAUAAAAAAUGUAAUUUUUUAUGAAUGCAAAUGAAUGAAAAAUAAAACGUGAAUAUUAUAACGGACGUAGAAAAAAAAUAUAAUAAUAACAUUAAACAAAACAUAAAAUACAAAAGGGCAUAACGUCGAUUUACUUUCAGAACCUCCUAAGUCAGUUUUGACUAAUUUUACAGGAGGGAUAAAAAAUCGAUAUGAAGCGCUAUACACCCAUUACUAAUCUUUGAUUAACCAAUAAAUACAGUUGAUUAAGACUUGUUUACAAUGAUUUCUACUAAAGAAUAUAAUUAUAAACUUUAUAGUCAGACAUACAAGGUUUUUAACCAAAAUAACAAGACGUUCUAGAGACUAGUAGAUUUUAUUUAUUUUCAAUUCUGGCUAUAUUCAAAUUAUAAUUGAGUAACGAAGAAAAUUAGAAGAAUGAAAUAAAAAUAAUUAUAAUUGAAAGAAUAAAUAUAUAAAAUAAUAUUAUCAGACACUUCACACUUUGAAAAUUUAAUAUUCUUUAAACGCUAGGAUCAUGAAAAACAUGAAAGUCUGCAGGUAUUGUUUCCUUCAGUUGUUGUAAAUGGUCGUAUUUACUUUUUUCAAUAUACAAGAGAUUUUGAUAAAAAGGAAUUAUAGCAUCAACUUCUCGACUUUUUUGACUUUUUUCCAAUGCCACCCAAUCAUCAUAGUAUAGUUUUCCAUCUGGGGUCUUUACUAUACGACACACAAAUCAUUAACCAUGUUUUAUAUACGACACAUUGUAUUUUAAUACCGGAAAGUUUUUGAAAUAUCUAUGAUUUGAAUAUUCAACUUAAUAGGCCGAUUUAAAAGCAGCAAUAUACCCAGAAGGCGAAUAAAUUUCUCUAUUACCGAUUCUUCAAUUCAAUUCAAUCUUUCACUGUCUACUUAAAAUUCAGCUGCAAGACAAGUAUCGCCAGUCUCCAAUAGGAAAAAACAAAAUUUUUCCACUAUAUGUAAUUAUCCAAUGUUGCGGCUUCUAUCCUUUUUUAUAAUCCCUUGUAUUUGAAAGUUGUAAAAUAUACAAAAAUCCAAUUGUAUUUAAUAUAUUAUAAUUUUAAUAGUGAAAACAUAUUCGUUCUGUUUUCAUUCAUUAUGCAACAAUUUGCAAUUUUUUCUGAAAAAUCACUUAAUAAUUAAAUAGAAAAUCAAGACCUAGCUUCAGGCUAUUAAAUUGUUCCAAAAUAAUAAAAAUGUAACAAUGGUAGCAAAUUAUAACUGGCGUUAUAUUACACCAUUGAGAACUCACAUUUGCCUAUACGAGGACUGGCUAUUAAAUAACGAGACUGCGCGCCUAGAGGGCGCCCUAGACGAGUAGGGUAAAAAACGAGUAUGUAGAUAUUUUGUCUAUGUAAGUCCCAAAACACGUUUCCGUCACUAUUCUAGUAUUUGUGCAUUAGCGGUUUGUAACGAACGUGUUUUUUUCUCGUGCCGAAAAACAGGAGCAACGUAUCAAUCUCAAACUUAUCGUUAAAAAUUGAAAAAAAAACGACCGAGAGAGCACUGAAGAUGACCCAGGUCGCCCUGUGACUAUUUCAACUCACCAAAAUCAACAAAAUUGUGCAUGUAGAUCGUCGAAUGAGCAUCCGGAUGAUUGCCGAGGCUAUAAACGACAAUAAAGAAACGGUUAGAAAAAUUUUACACGAGGAAUUACACAUGACAAAAGUCUUAGCGAAGUUGGUGCUAAAAAAUCUAACUCAUGAGCAAUAGCUCUUGCGUCGACGGGUCCUUGAAAGGUUAGAAAAAGAACUGCCUAGAAAGGAACCCUGAUUUGAGUCGAUGGAAGCGGUAAAGCAAAAAACGGCGAGGGAAGAGGAGUAUAUUGAAGGGGAGCAUUUGAAUGUAGAAUCAUUUUUAUAAUAAAACCCUCUUCCGUAACCAGUCUCGUUAUUUAAUAGACUGACCUCGUAUUUAAACUCAUUAUACAGGUAAAUCACAUUGUUUAAAUUUCGUCAAUCACCAAGAUCCAAAACAAUUUAUAGAAAAAUGUUUUUUUUUCAGUACAACAAAGUAAAAAUUAGCCCUAUGUGUACAUAAUAUGUAUAAUAAAUGAUAAUUGUAGUUAUAUGUUGUAGGGCUUACUAUAAACGCCUAACCAAAAAUUAAACUUUAGAUGAGAUAUAAAUGUUCACCAAAAUAUCAUAGAUAUAAAACUAGUCAUAAAAUUUAUGUCAAAGAGGCCGUUUUAUUACAGAGCCGCACAAAAAUUACUGAUGUAAUUGAUAUGUAUAAAUGUUGUGUAUUUAUUAUAAAAUAUACUCCAUUACCAAAAA